CUCAGCAACAGCAUCGCCCCGCCGCCGCCUGCCCCGGAAGCGCCCGGUGGGGCGGAGCGGCGCGGCGCGCGGCGCGGCAUGGCGGCGGUGCCGGGCGGGCUCUUCGCCGUCUACAAGCCGAGUGGGGUGGCGUGGAACCGGGUCCGUGAGGCGGUGGAGACGCGGCUGCUGCGCGAGCUGAACGCGGCGCCGCGGCGCGCCCCGAGGCAGCGUGUCCGCUUUCUGCCGGUCCCGGGCGAUGGCGGGGCGACGGAGCUGGUGGCCACCAGCGUGCCGGUGCUAGCCGACCACCCCCUCGUCCGAGGCCCGCGGUUCAGGGGGCUGAAGAUCGGAGCGGGUCACCGGCUGGACGUCAAGGCCUCCGGAGUCUUCGUACUUGGCAUAGGCGACGGGAACAAGCUACUCACCGAUCUGUACCACUGCCACCUGACCAAGGUCUAUACUGUUGGUGGGCUGUUUGGUAAAGCCACUGAUGACUUCUCAGACACAGGGAAGCUAGUGGAGAAGACAACAUUUGAUCAUAUCACAAGGGAGAAGCUGGAACGGAUUCUCGCUGUCAUUCAAGGAACAAAUCAUAAGGCCCUGCUGAUGCAUUCUAACAUUGACAUGAAAUCACAAGAGGCGUAUGAGCUGGCUGUCAAAGGGUUGAUUCGCCCUAUGGGAAAAAGCCCUCCAAUAAUCACAGCAAUCCGAUGCCUCCAGUUUGCACUUCCAGAAUUCCAGCUAGAAAUCCACUGUGUGCAUGAGACUCAGCAGUACGUCCGAAAAAUAGUUCAUGAGAUCGGUCUGGAGCUGAAAUCAUCUGCUGUGUGCACACAAGUGCGAAGAAUCCGCGAUGGUGUCUUCACACUGGAUGAUGCUCUCCUGAGAACCCAGUGGAACCUGCAGAGCAUACAGAAUGCAAUUUGGGACUGUCAGCUUAAAGUGAAAACAGAGUUAGAGAGAACGCUAGGCCAUCAGGAUAAAAGUCAUUUUCAGAAGAUGGAUGAUGCGGAGAUGGCCUAGGCUGCAGAAAGCUCAGUGUGUGCCACGGAGGGAACGUCCACAAGCAAUCUCUGUAGCACAAUAACGCAGCUACAUGCUGACAGCAUGACGGACAGCAGAAGGAAAGAGGUUAAUUGCAGUUCACUUCCACCCGUUCCUUGAGAUGGCUGUAAUCAGAGAGGCAUUUUUUUCAGUGACAGGCUGUAUAAUUUUUUUUUUUUUUUAAAGCAUCGCAAACAGUUCAUUAACAGGACUUAGCUGUGCCAAAAUUCCUGUUGACUUUGGGAACAUUAGGUUGCUAAGGGAUAUAAAACCCCAUCCCCAAAUUGUUUAGCAGCAGGAAAUAACGUCUUAGAGAGCUGUAUUCCCUCGAUUGAACAGAUUUGUUUGUUCCUUGCAACUGGCAGCAUAACUUAUCUACUGUAUGGAUUUUAUUGUCCCUCUGUUGUCCCAGAGUAUUUUAUUUCCAUUAGCCCUGCUUUCAGACACGUAAGAGCUCAAAAUCAGACUAAAGGAGGGACGUGCAGGAAAAAACACAGCUUGCACAAAGCAACGCAAGGAAAUGGUUAUAUCCAGAGUAGGUGUGUGAAAAGGAAAGUGGCUUGUAAUAGGGAUUGAUGUGUAAGAUGCACAAGAAAUAAAACUAAAAGUGACCUAA